UCGAAAUUAAACCCAAGUAGGUAGAAAUGCAAUCCCUCGAACUUUGACAGUUGAUUUGUUUAUGUAUUAUCAGUGGACUAUCGGUAGACGACCUUAUCCGAGAAAAAAUCGGAUUUAAAACUCAUUUGUGAAAGAUUUAUCAAAUAGUGCACACAAUGGAAGAAAAUCCCGAAGAAAAAUGGACGUAUUACGGAGCCUUAGUUAAAACUGCCAAAUAUUGUUUCCUGCCUUAUUUAGUAAUGCAAAUUCUGGGAUAUUUGAAGGAGAAACGUUAUCGUGACUGUCUGCCAGGAAAAGUAGUUUUAAUUACAGGCGCCAGUUCCGGACUAGGCGAAGAAUUGGCACACACAUUCUACAAGGCAGGCUGUAAAUUGAUUUUGUGUGCACGACGAAAGGAAGAACUGGAACGUGUCCGGACGGAUUUGCUCGCUACUUGCAGUCAAGAGACAGUAUUUCCACCAAUUGUGUUCCCGCUGAACGUGGCCGACCUCAAUGGAAUGCAGGAAAAAGUCGAAAAAAUUCUCGAGAUUUACGGAUUUGUCGAUAUUUUGAUAAAUAAUGCGGGUCUCAGUGUUCGUGGCUCCGUGAUGGAAUGUGUUGACGAUGUCUACAUCAAAUUAAUGAUGGUUAAUUUCUUCGGGACAUACAAAUUGACACGUUGUCUGCUACCAUCGAUGAUAGCCCGUAAAGAAGGUCGAAUUGUGUGCAUUGGAAGUGUUCAGGGAAAGUUUGCGUUGCCAAAUCGUUCGGCGUAUUCGGCAUCGAAGCAUGCCUUGCAAGCAUUUUGCGAUUCACUCAGAGCUGAAGUGGCCGAUGAUGGAAUAAAAGUUACUUUAGUUAGUCCCGGAUACAUUCAGACGAAUUUGUCGCGGAAUGCGCUGACGGGAACGGGAAAAGUUUAUGGCAAAUUGGAUGAAACGACGGCAAAAGGAGCAAGUGCUAAAGAUGUGGCUGCUUUUGUGUUGAAAGCAGUUUUGCGUGAUCAAAAGGAUGUUGUAACGGCUGGACUGGCCCCUAGACUGGCUAUUUGGUUGAGAUCUUGGCUGCCAGAUAUUUACUUUGAGAUAAUGCGACGCAGAGCAACGAAAGAACGGAAAUCGUUGUAAAGGGAAAUUUUGAUAGAAAAUUGUAGAAAUCAUACCAAAAAAAUAAACUAAAUAAAAAUUAAUUGAUGUAUUAAAACGAUGUUUAUAAAAUAAAUAAACAAA